AUGAAACUAAAUAUCUCCUUCCCAGCUGCCAGCUGUCAGAAAUGCAUUGAAGUGGGCAAAGGAUACAAGUUUUCUAUUUUCUAUGAGACGCACAAGGUCACAGAAGUAGCUGCUGAUGCUCUGGGUGAGGUGUGGAAGCGUUAUGUGGUCCGAAUCAGUGGUGGGAAUGACAAGAUCUUGACCCAUGGCAGAGUUCAGCUGCUGAUCAGUAAGGAGCACUCUCGUUACAGACCUAGGAGAACUGGAGAGAGGAAGCCCAAGUCUGUUCACAGAUGUAUUGUGGAUGCCAGUCAGAGUGUUCUCAACUGGCCUUUGUAA